GCAUGUACAAGAGAGUAUAGUCGACAGUCGUUGUGGCUGAGUGGCUAACCUCACAAGUCACAAAAAUUAUUGAAAAGUCGUUGCUUUUCCAUCGCUCUUUUUUCUUUGGCUCCUGAACGAUCGGGGAAGGAACCAGUCCCUGGGUUUAAGGUCUGCUGUCUUCAUCCUAAUUCCUAUCGAUUAAGGAAUCUUCAAAGUUGAAACCAUGUCUGUGCUCUCUGCACAGGCCUUGGCAUUUCCACAACCUCGCUUUCUCCCUUCCCUUUCCCCUUCUUCCAGCUCUCAUUAUUCCUUGACAUCGCCUCUUUCGUCUACCGCCUCAUCCGUUGGUAUCCUUUCGACGAAAUUGGGUAAGGAGAGGACACUUCCUCUUCUCGUUGCAAGAGCCUCUGCGUCUGGUUUCAGUGGAAGCAUCGGUCACAUCCUCGGCGAUGUUAGCAUCUUCACUGCGUCCGGAGAACCAGUCAUGUUCAAGGACCUUUGGGAUCAGAAAGAGGGAAUGGCAGUGGUUGCACUUUUGAGGCAUUUUGGAUGCCCUUGCUGCUGGGAACUUGCAUCCACUCUGAAAGAGUCAAAACCACUAUUUGAUUCAGCUGGUGUGAAACUAAUUGCUGUAGGGGUUGGAACUCCUAACAAAGCUCGUAUUCUUGCUGAACGGCUAACAUUUCCAUUGGAUUGCCUAUAUGCUGAUCUAGAUCGCAAGGCAUAUGAUGUAUUGGGAUUAUAUUAUGGUUUUGGCAGAACAUUUUUCAACCCAGCAAGCGCCAAGGUGUUUUCAAGAUUUGAAUCACUACAAAAAGCUGUAAAGAACUAUACCAUUGAAGCCACUCCAGAUGAUAGAAGUAGCGUCUUGCAACAGGGAGGGAUGUUUGUCUUCAAAGGUAAUCAAUUGUUAUAUGCAAGGAAAGAUGAAGGGACAGGUGAUCAUGCCCCUUUGGAUGAAAUCCUUGAUGUUUGCUGCAAAGCUACAGUUCCAUGAAGCUUGACUAUACUUUAUUAUUUAGAUGUCAUCAAAUAUAUCUAGUUUGUCAAAUAACACCUACUUGGUAACUAUCAUAUCUGCAGGUUAUACAUAUUGAACUAUCUUUUUUUUUUUUUUGUUUUACAUCUGAUGGUAUGACAAUUUUUCCUUAGGUGGAAAUUGAUUAACUGACUACUAUACUAUGUAGAUGGCGAGCACAAAAUUUAGUUUUUCAUGCACUGGCUAUGAUGUUUAUAGAAUGUUCUGAACUUCUGAUUGA